AUGGCUUCUCAUGCUGUCCUCCCCCUUCCUUGGCUUGCCUGUAUGGUUGCAGUAGCCUUGUUGGCGUCGCCGUCGCCGGCAGCGGCGUCACGUGCCGCAAGGGCCCCUGUCCGCGGUGGCGACCCGACGGUGGGGUUCACGGAGGUGAGCCUGACUGAGGGCAACUUCGAGCUGCAGCACCCCUACGACCUGCCGAGUGGCGACCGGUACAGCUUCCACGGCGACGUCCGGCAGCUGUGGGUGCUGUCCUCCGACAAGCCCCACAGUCCCAAUAGCCACACCAGCCCCAGAACGGAGAUCAGGAUGAGGGGCUACGGCUACUCUUCUGGGGUGUGGCAGUUCGAGGGCUACGGCUACGUGCCCUCCGGCACGACGGGGGUGUCCAUCAUGCAGGUGUUCGGCGGCGCCAGCGGCCACGCCACGACGCUGAUGCUGCACGUCUACGACGGUGCGCUGCGGUACUACCACCGGCAGGUGGUGGAGGACGGCAUCUACGACCGGUGGUUCCGGCUCAACGUGGUGCACGACGUGGGCGCGUCCACGCUCACCGUGUACAUCGACGGCGUCGAGAAGCUGCGGGCACCGGGACAUGGCGGCGACUCGCACUUCUUCAAGUUCGGCGUGUACGCGCAGAGGAACGCCUCCAGCUGCAUGGAGUCGCACUGGAAGAACAUCAAGAUCUUUAGGAAAGAUUAG